CGUUUUAAGUGCUAUAAUUAUUUAAUCCUUGCUAAGUAUCGAAUGAAAUAUAUUUCGGGUAUUCGUUAUCGUGUAUUUUGAGUUGAUUCUAAAACCCAUUUCUUGCCACCUAAAUUUACGCUAAUUUGCAUAAAAUUUUUACUAGAAUUUUUAUCAAAUAAACUGUAGCAGUCAUGAAGUUCCUCGAUAUUAUUUGCUUCAAACAAAAAGUUGCGUUCUUCAGUAAACAAGAGGGAACACUUACAUUCUGUUUACCAACCAACGGAAAGUUCUCAACAGCCGACACAGCGACAAGAGCUGCCAGUGAGCAUUGCGAAACAGCUGUAAGCCAAGAAAUCAUUGAAGAUAGACCUGCUUACUAUAGACCCAGAUACGAGGAAUUUAGUAUUUCGAGUGCAACGCCAACUAGCACAGUAAUUGAUGUAUCAGUAAUAAAGGAGCAGCCAACAAAAAUAAAGCGUCCAUCAUUAUUGGAAUCAUUAAGCGUACCAAUAGCUGAAGAGAAAGUUACAGCAGUUAAAAUUGCUCCAUCUAAUACACAACAAAAAGAAAAUAAUAUUAACUCACAGUGCUUAAAGGAUAACUCAUUAUUAAAGUGUUUCACAGCACCUGGUCGUUUGUAUGAAAGUCAGCAUAUAGAAACAUCAGGUACUAUACAAACAGUUAAAGAAACUUCAUCAAUACGAACAACAACAACAGGUACAAAUACUGCAACUACAACAAAAACAACCACUACAGCACCCAUCAAUAAAAACAAGAAACCUACAAAUAUAAAAACCACAAAAAUGGCUUCAACCACUACAUUAAGCAGUAUGGGUGCACCAGUUGUACAUGCAGCUGCUACAGAGAAGCAACCCUGGCCAAACGCCAAAGACGAUUAUGAGUUGCAUGAUGUUAUAGGUGUUGGUGCAACAGCUGUUGUGCAUGCGGCGUAUUGUCUGCCUCGUAAAGAGAAAUGUGCCAUUAAGCGUAUCAAUCUCGAGAAAUGGAAUACUUCCAUGGAUGAGUUACUGAAAGAAAUACAAGCAAUGUCCUCAUGCAGUCACGAAAAUGUGGUCACAUAUCACACGUCAUUUGUAGUACGAGAAGAACUUUGGCUAGUUCUGCGGCUUCUAGAAGGUGGCUCACUGUUGGAUAUAAUUAAGCAUAAGAUGCGCACUAGUAAUUGCAAAAAUGGAGUCUUCGAUGAAGCAACUAUUGCUACUGUACUCAAAGAAGUAUUAAAGGGUCUUGAAUAUUUUCACUCAAAUGGUCAAAUACAUCGAGAUAUAAAGGCUGGUAAUAUAUUAAUCGGUGACGAUGGCACCAUACAAAUAGCCGAUUUUGGUGUAAGUGCUUGGCUAGCUACCGGUAGGGAUCUGUCGCGACAAAAAGUGCGACAUACAUUUGUUGGCACACCCUGUUGGAUGGCACCCGAAGUUAUGGAACAAGAUCAUGGCUAUGACUUUAAGGCUGAUAUUUGGUCAUUCGGUAUAACAGCUAUUGAAAUGGCGACCGGCACAGCACCAUAUCAUAAAUAUCCACCGAUGAAAGUGCUUAUGUUAACACUUCAAAACGAUCCACCUACACUCGAUACUGGAGCCGAUGAGAAAGAUCAGUAUAAAGCCUAUGGCAAGACAUUCCGUAAAAUGAUUGUAGAGUGUCUGCAAAAAGAACCAACGAAACGACCUACUGCCAGCGAAUUAUUAAAACAUGCCUUCUUCAAGAAAGCUAAAGAUCGCAAAUAUUUGACACAAACUCUUCUGCAGUCUGGUCCUUCAAUGGAAACACGUGUGCAUAAAGCCUCAAAAAGACAACCCGGUGCUUCUGGUCGCCUGCAUCGUACUGUCACCGGCGAAUGGGUGUGGUCAAGUGAAGAAGAAGAUAACGGUGGCAAACAUAAUUCAUCAGAUUCAGAUACAGAUGAACGGCCAAUGAAUCGUUUAGAACAUAUUGAUUCCUCAGAUAGUGAUCGAGAGGAACAGUCUGAAUUUUCAGAUAAUACCGCUACCGCAACAGCUGCUGGCCUUGCAGAAAAUGCACAACAAUUCAAUGCUGCAAAUAAUUUAGCAGCAGUCACUGCGCAAGAUGUUAUGCAAGCUACAGCAGCAAUGGCGCAGUUGACUGUGCCCACAAUAGAUGGUGCAACAGGUGAAGCUCCGCCAAUCAAUUUAGUUUUGCGUAUGCGAAAUCAGAGAAGAGAACUGCACGAUAUACGUUUUGAAUUUGCUGUGGGUAAGGAUACGGCCGAAGGUAUUGCCAGCGAAUUAGUCGAUGCUGGACUCGUAGAUACCUUAGAUACGCAAGCUAUGGCCAUGCAUCUAAAUCAACUGAUCGAGCAAAGAGCUGCAACUAAAACUGUUACGUUCCAACUGAAUUCCGGUGUGCAACAAGGUGAAGUGCCCGAUGAACGCGCACUAAUAGGUUUCGCGCAGAUAUCAAUUACCGACUAGGAUACAGUUAAUACUGUGGAACGAGUUGAGAGAGAGCAAUUUAAAUGUAUGAACAACAACAAUAAAAUUAAAUUGUUUGUUAAGAGGAGCAAUAUACAAUAAAAUCUGAUAUAUGUUUUA